AGCUUGGCGAUGUCCUUUGGCGUCGCUCUGGAUUCCUCUCCAAACACUGGGAAGUGGCUGAGGUCACUGUGUCCUCACCUGCACCUUUUAAUGUGGUAUUUCAGUCCGUUCAUGUGCCUGGCACCAAAGAUACUGUAAAAAUAGAUGAUUUCUCUGUGAGGAAUGGAGCUUGUUCUACUUCUGCCAGCUGUGACUUUGAGUCUGGACAAUGCACAUGGGUCAACUGUGCACACAGAAGAUGGACAUGGGUGGGUCAUGUCCCACGGAGGCUCCCAUGGACCACCAAUGGACCACACCACUGAAACCUCAGAUGGUUGGUUUUUGCUGAGCUCAGCAUUGCACCAAGGCCAACACAGCGUAGCACAGGUUGUGUCUGAAUGGAUCCAACUGCAGGACACCCCAUCUUGUCUCACCUUCUGGUACCAUAUGGGUAGCAGUGAUUCUGGCACAUUAAGGUUGUUUGCACAUUCGGACCAAGGAGAGGAGACUCUAAUGUUUCAUAGCAACAGCAGUGGCAGCAGCUGGACCCGAUUCUCCCAGUCAGUUGACAUAUCCGAACCUUUUCAGCUUAUGAUUGAGGCAGAAAGCAACAACAAGGGAUUUAUUGCCAUUGAUGACAUCAGUAUCACAGAGGGUCUAUGCCCAGAAAAUGAAACAGGAGGAUUUGAGGGCUGUUCAUUUGAAAAUGGCACCUGUGACUGGCAGGAUAUCAGCGUUGGACAGGUCCAGUGGGUGAGAGGAAGGAACGGCACGGUGGAUAGUGGACCCUCUGUGGACAACACACUAGGAACUGAGCUGGGUUGGUACAUGGGAUUGGAGGCUGAUAGAGGGGGAGAAAUGAGUCCUGCUACGCUGCAAAGUCCCAUCAUGAAAGAGGCCAGCUCUACUUGUACACUACAGUUUUACCUCAACAUGCAUGGAGAGGAGUCAGAGCUAAAGGUGCUCUUAAAGGAAGGCCCCAGGAUCACCACAUUGUGGUGGCUAGCUGGAAACAAUGGAGAUUUGUGGCAGCACAGCAAUGUUGUGAUUGGCCGGAUUCCCCAGGAUUUUACCCUCUUGUUUGAAGCUUCUACUAACUUCAACAAACCAGGACAUGUUGCUGUAGAUGACAUCGACUUCACCAACUGCUCUCUACCUGAACCCCAGUCGUGUUCCGAGAAUACAUUCAUGUGCAACAACAGCGCAUGUAUUGAUCCCAGCCAUGUGUGUGACUUCAGCGAUGACUGCGGGGACCGGUCUGAUGAGAAUGACUGUGAAAAUCAAGGUGUGGUGGAGCGUUGCAACUUUGAACAAGGCCUGUGUUCUUGGGCAAACAGUGAUGUGGACACACCAGGAGGUGAUUGGACACGGCAGGCAGGAGAGGAAGGCUGGCCCAGGCAUGGUCCUCCGAGGGAUCACACUCACAACUUGGCCACAGGUCACUAUAUUACACCUGGGAGUCACCUGACUGCAAGGGGCCAGAUAUCUGAGAUUCUUUCAAAGACAUUGUUACCAAGCUUUAACUGCACUGUGAGAUUCUUUUACUUCAGCAUGAGUGAUGAUUCAGCUCACUUGACAGCCAAGUCCAGAACACUGAUGUCUGGUAUUGAUGACAAAAUGCUGUGGAUCAGGGGAUCCUCCCACAGCUACAGUUGGCAGAGGGCAAAGGUCACUUUCUCCUCCUCAGUCAUUAGCAAGAUUGCUUUUAGAUAUGAGCUUGGGGACACUGAAAGAGGGCUUGUUGCCCUCGAUGACAUCUCUUUCUCCAGGGAAUGCAUUUUUGACCCUGAAAACAGCAAACUACCCGAAACAUUGCCUACCUCUACCCCACAUACACCUCCAGUAACAACCACAACUAUGAGUCCCUGCCAGGAUAAUGAGUUUUUUUGCAGGCGUUCUGCUGGGAAAGUGUGUAUUCCUGUGAUGUUACAGUGUAAUUAUUAUCCAGAUUGCCCUGAAGGAGAAGAUGAGUCUGGCUGUGGCUCAUGUACAUUUGAGAACGGAUCAGUGCCUGUGGAGUGACGCCAGUGAUGGACCAGCAAAAUGGCAGAGACAGAAAGCCAAUAACAACACUGAACCCUCUGAAGAUCACACUACCCAAACUGGCUUCUACAUGGCAGUAAAUCUCAGUCAGGAUUCCACACAAACAGAAGCCAAACUCCUUAGCCCCCAACUCAAACCUUCAUCGCCCUACUGUCAGCUACUGUUUCACUUCCACAUCAGUGCAGGGAGUACUGGGUCACUCAGAGUGCUUAUGCAGCAAGCUGAGGGUGGUGAAGCAAUCCUGUGGUCACGCAGUCACAACACUGUCUCCCACUGGGACCUUAGCGCAAACGCCUAUAGGCCUGUUUCAGCAGACCUACAAGGUUUGGUUCAGUAGUGUAAGUAGAGCAACAGGGCCCAUCAGCUCUCCUGGAGACCAUGUUGUUGCUGUGGAUGACAUCGCCUUUAUUAACUGUGAAACAACCUAUGAGCCACCAGCCCUGUCUUCUUAUGGCUGUACGUUUGAAGAUGGAUUGUGUGUUUGGGUCCAGGGAGCUGAAGAUGAGUUGGACUGGAGCAUUGGCUCAGGUCCCACUGAAACCCCCAAUACUGGGCCUGCAGGAGACCACACCAUUGGAACAGGGAAGUAUCUGUAUAUUGAGAGUUCUCAUCCAAGUGAGAAGGAUAACACAGCACAGUUAAAGUCUCUACUGCUGCCACCUGCUGGUGAAAAAGGAUACUGUUUCACAUUUUGGUACCACAUGUUUGGAGCUACUGUGGGUUCAAUGAAGAUGUUUCUGAAGUCAGCUGACUCGUUGAACAAAAUACUGGUGUGGCAACAAUCAGGAAGCCAAAGGGAUGAGUGGUUGCUGGUUCAGAGCCAUGUGACCUUGCAAAGAGUGCAUCAAGUGAUUCUGGAGGCCUCCGUGGGGGGAGAGGCUGGUGA